UGUUUUCACAUGGACAACAGGAAGUCAAAUAAUCUUCCACCCUGCUUCCACAUCACAUCCGUCUACAACAAUAGCAACAGAAAAUUGGAAGUACACCGAGUACUUUCUAAUACAGUUUGUAGAUGCCAUCUGGAGCCCCAAAGGGAGAGAACAGUCUUGUAGACAUGGACAGCAAGGCUGGAGAUCUGUUCAGUGCUGAGGAUGCACAUCCAACCGGCACAGGUGGAGGUGGGGUUUUGGCCAGGCUCUGGCUACCCAAAGGUUUCUCAGCCACUAUGGCUAAAGAAUGGAUCGACAGGCGCAGGGUUUCCAUUCGACCAUGGGCUAGCUUUGUGGACCAACGCAAGUUUUCAAAACCCCGUAACUUUGGAGAGCUGUGUCAAAGAGUGGUGAAGAAUGUGGAAAUCUACAACAGCAACUAUACCUUCAUUUUCCUUGGUCUUAUUCUCUACUGCAUUAUAAGUUCUCCAAUGCUACUGAUUGCCUUGGCUGUGUUUGCUGGUGCCUUUUAUAUAAUCCACCUCAAGUCCCUGGAGUCCAAACUGGUUAUCCUUGGCAAAGAGCUGACAGUCCCUCAUCAGAUGAGUCUUGCUGGUGCUGUCUCUUUACCUGUGUUCUGGCUGGCAGGAGCUGGAGCUGCUGUUUUUUGGGUUCUGGGAGCGACACUGUUUGUGAUUGGCUCUCACGCUGCUUUCCGUGAGCUGGAGGGAUCUGACAUGGAAGAGCUCCUCAUGGAGCCCGUAUGAGGAGUAGGCUGAACCCUCAGCAGGCGCCAGUUGUCGAUCAGUCUUCAAAUAGAACCCAUAAUCACAAUAGGGGUUUAGGGGAAAAUGCUCCUUCAUGUGUUCCGUCACUAUGUGUGCAUCCUCUAUACCCUCUCUUAACUUAUACUGGUGUACAAAGAAAUCCCCAUUUCUUUCCUCUUAAAUAUUUCCUGCUACAGACUUAAUUCAAAUAAAUAAUCUUUAUGUGGAUAAAAAUCCUUUCUCAAUACAUAUUUAAGCACAUUAGCCUAUAGACUAUCUGCCUUUCUCUAAAUGUUUGUAUCUUGGAUGCCUCUGCUUUGUGUCUCUGGCCUCUUUUAGCUUCUUGAUACAAUAACAUGUCCUUCAACCUUCUAAUCUCCUGGGCUGAUCUGUGCUAUACUCACAACUGUAGAUAUCUCUGGAAACAAUGUCUGAAUCAGUGCUGUUUUACAUUAAUGUUGUUUUCAUGUGAUUAUGAAACGCACAACGCAGAACAUUGAUUGACUAAUGUUAACAUUUCAAGUGCCAAGCUUUAAAAUAUGUUUUUAAUCAUCAUGCACAAAUACUACUAUGUAAAACAAAAGAAUGCAAAAACAAAUGUAAUUGAGAUGGGUUACUGGAUAUGAGUUUAUGAAAUGUCUAAAAAGGUCACUACUUUGUUAUGUUGUGUUGGGAACAAUAUGGUACUAUAUACAUAUGUAUAUAUAUCAGCUCUGCUUUCAGUCUUCAGAUAUGAAGAUAAUUCUGUAAACCUCAAUAUUUUUUUUUAAAUCAUCCAUUUGUUUAUAUUUCAGCAUAAGUUAGGUUUUUUGUAUUUAAAUUACAUUCUGAAGUGCAAUAAACUGAAUACUAAGGUCA